GUUCGCGUGCUCCUGGAUGUAGGUGCGCAGAUGCUGGAAUUGAAGAAUCAGGAGUUGGCAGAAGCAUGGCUUCGAGCCAAGCGCGACGCCCAAGCUGCAGUCUUCGUCAAUGACGACGAUGAAAUCGUCAUUGUUAGUCGGAAUGGGGCAGUUGAGCCCUUUGCAUCGUCCCCCUUUUCCCAGCAGCUCGAUCAGUGCGUCGUAUAUCUAGACGACGCCCAUACUAGAGGAACAGAUGUCAAGCUGCCUUCCGGGUUCCGAGCUGCUGUCACGCUUGGCCCCAAAGUCACGAAAGACCGCCUGACCCAAGGAUGCAUGCGAAUGCGGAAGCUGGGAAAUGGGCACUCAGUAAUGUUCUUCGCUCCGACUGAAGUUGAUCGGAGCAUUCGUUCGGCGACUCAGAAAGCCAAUACCGACUGUGUCGAUGUGGCAGACAUCCUGUAUUGGGCGAUGCGCGAAACCUGUCUUGAUAUUCAGAUGCGUGCAUCCCACUGGGCUCAACAGGGAUCGGACUUCAGUACGCGGCAUUCCGCGUGGAUUCAAUUCUCGCACGCCCCCUACCACUUCGAUUUCCACCCUGGAGACAGCCUGGUUGCAGCCAGAGGAGCGUUCAUUGGAGGAUCUGUACGCACCACGCAGUUCUUUACAGCUAUCCCAGGUUUGCGAUCCAGACGUUCAAAAGAAGUGCGAGGAGCUCGGAGUUCUAAUUGGCUCCCGAAAGGAGCAUGGAUGAGGAACAAGAAAGGGAGAUAGUGCACGAGGUGGAGAGAGAGACGUCAAGUGGAAAGGCCGCCCAGGGUAGAACCUGCAGCCCACGAGCUGCACGCGCACGUUCUUCAAUUCGUCCAGACCGGCCAAAUUCCCGCGGGAUCUUCUGCGUUCAUUCCAGUGCUAUCC